UUAAAGUACCCAAGUACUGUACACAGUUCCCAAGUACACACCGAUCUAUUGAGACCAAUUACCCACGCACUUGGGGAGAGCACUGUAAUAACAUGCAAGUCCCACCGACCCUGAUUUUGAAGCUACCACAAUCUUAGUGGGAGUGGAUCUGUUGAUGGUUUUAUAAACAGUUGGAGAAAUCAUUGUAAAAAUACUCAUAGAAAUAUUAAUAUUAAAAUGAAACUUAUCAUCAUUUUUCAAUUCGUGUCACAUUAUGAUAAGGGAAAACGAGCCAUUACCUAUGACGCCACCUGUGUAUGACCGUCCUUUAGUUGUGAAGAAAACUCGGCCCAAGAGUUACGUGGUUUCAGUUUCACUUGAGAUUUUGGUACUUAUUUUUUCUGUACAGGCCUUGACACCUUGACUCAAGUAAGAGAUGUUGUUUGGGUGAUGUUAAGUAAUAAAAACUCUGACAAUGCACAGAACCUGAUAGAACAUGACCUAACUGGGGGGCUGUGCCCUUGGACCCUCUGGCAUAUUCAGCAGAAGGAACUUAUCUUAAUAUUGAAGUGGAUAGAGUGCAUUGAUGGCACCCAGGAAGUGGAAAGGAGCGGAUCCAUUAAUGAAUCAACAAAAAGGACGCUGGAGGCACAAGUAACUAUCGGAAAAAAAAUGUCUCAAGCUAAGAGGGGAUCAUGGAAACCACUAUUCAAAAAAGCAAAAAUAACACACAAAGCUAUUAACGAUGACAGGCCUCUCAUUCAGAGGUGGAAUUUAUUGGUAAUUUUGCCAAAGAAGAAAGCAGCCUUUUCUCUAAGGGAUCCUGAUAUUAUAAAGUUAAUGGAUUUUCUGAAGGAAGAUGCCAGUGAAAUAAACAUUAAUAGGUAUGUCACUGUGUCAUGUCGAUCUGAAGCAGAGGCAAAUAUUAUAAAAGAUGAGCUAAAUAACUUUGAAAUGGAGGGAGAGAAGAUCAUUCUUUCAGAUGUAAAUAGAGCUGUGGUUGCAACAAGAACACAGCUUUACCCGUUGUAUGUAGGAAACACUGAUGCUAAAAAAAUGAAGAGGAAGAGAUUACUGGGCAUCUUCCCCACUGCAAAGAAAAUUACUCUGCAGAAGUUAUCUGGUGGUGUAAGGCUUUAUUUUGUGUAUUUUGAGACUCCAGAAGAAGCUCAGAGGGUUUUAGAAGCUCAGCCAUAUUGCAUUAAUGGGCAAACAUUGGUUCUCAAUAAUCCAAAACUUGUAAAAAAAAAUGGAUCCGAAGAAACUGAAGAUGAGGAUUUAGCCAAAGGAGACAAAGUGUGUUCUGAAAACAUUGCUCAAACAGCAGAAGAUGAAGAAGCUAGCAUGCAACCAACCGUUCAUUCAGAUGAUUCAGAUGAAGAGCUUGAAGAUAACCAAGCAGUUGAACUGUCUACAGUGAAAAAUGAUGACAUACAUGAAGUACAUUUUUGUCUCCCAAAGUCUAAAAAAUCAUUGAAGAAUCCUGAUAUAUUAAGGCUGCUAACAAUACUGGAGAAGGCUGCUGAUAUCAAGAUUCAUAGAGAGUUUCAUGUGCUGUGUCCAACAGAAGAUGUUGCACAAAACAUAAAGAUUGCAAUAGAGAACUUUGUUGUACAUGGGGAGAAUAUCAAAGUUAUCAGCAAGUAUAAAUCCUACAGAGAGCCUGUUGUUGACCCAAAGUGCUUGCACAUUGGAGGCCUCCCUGCAGGGACUACAACUGAGGAUGUGACGAAACUUUUUCCUGCGGCAGAAAGAGUUGAACAGAGAAGUCCUGGUAAUAAUGAUAGAAAUAUAAACAAUGAGUCCUGCUUUGUAUACUUUAAUAACGAGUCAGAUGUUAAGAAUGCAAUACAGUCCAAACCAUUUUACAUCGAUGGUAAAGAGGUGUGUGUAGAUGAAGCCGUACCACAUAUUAAAAAAAGACCAAGACCAAAGUUUCAGAAAAGGAAAUUCAAGAGAAAUAAACGUUUUUGUCACCGAGCCAAUGACUAUCAUGAUUUCUACCAGAGCAACGAGCAGCACUACCGCCAAGAUAAGUAUCAAAACCCCCAUCGCAACUAUCGUGAUGAGCAGAAACCAACAACAAGUAACAAAACAUCACUUAGCAGAUAUGAACAAUUUACUGCAUACAACUGGUAAAUUUGUAAAAUCAAACACUUUGCUGUUGGCAAAGAAGAUACCAUUAAGUAGCAAGAUGGGGAAGAAAGUGGUGAAGUCUAAUGUGUUGUAGAUUCAUUUAUCUCAAACAAAAUUAAGUGAUGAGUAUAUAGGUGGUAUAUUGAUUUUUCAGCAAGCUUGGGAUUGAGAGCAAACUUGAUACUGCAGUGAAAUAUCCCAAAUUUUAGAAAUAAUAGGUCAAAGAUUAUACAUGAAUACCUGCAUCAAAUAAAGUAAUGGAAAAUAUGCCAAAUGCUAUAGGAUGCAAUCUCUAGAUGACCCCAAAAUGAUAUAUCUACAAGUUUUUGUUAGUAAAAAGCAUGGAACCAAAUUUUAAAUUAAAGUGAAUCAUGUAAUUGUUUUAUAAUACAGUAGCUAUAUUUACCAAAAAGAUACUGGUAAUAUAUUGCAUUAUGUACAGUGAGCAAAAUGGUGGUCUUGGGGUGUAUUAAUUAACAUAACAUAUACUGUACAGGCUUAAGUUUGUAAACUAUAAUGCAGCUCAAUAUGUACUGUGCAAUGACAAAAAAUACACAAUGGUAAGGGUGUAUAUAUUCAUGCAUGUAUGUGUACAUACUACUUGUGGAUGUUUAGGAAGGUCUAUUCUGCCAUUGUCAAGUCAAACCAUAGAUGUAGUGGGUGUUGAACCAAUUCCAUUUUUAGAGGUUGUACAUAAAUUGGCUCUUUGACUUAUAAGUAUAGAAAGUGUUUAGAGCUAAUUUCUUUGAAGUAAGAGUUGUGAACUCUUGAUAUAACUUGCCAGAGAAUGGUGUGAAAGCACUAAUUGUGAACCUUUAAGUCCAGACUUGACCUAUACUGGCACAUGUUCAGACAUAUUGAAGAGCCUGUACAUAACCAAUAACUGACAAUCAAGCAGGCUAGUAAGUUGACCUGUGGUGAAGAGUAUAAGGGCAUAUUCACACACAAAUUUGUUUGUAGUCUCAUCUGCAUCCAGUUGCUGCACUAUUUCUUGUCUUGCUUAUUGGGAAUGUAACUGUUUUUGAGUAGAAGAUGCUGGAGGCAUUUAUUGAUUAUUAUUUUUUAGAUGCCAUAGGUAUCGUGGGUGCAGUUUUACUGCCAUUUUUUUAAACACUCGGGGCAGCAAGCCCGUAGAGCAAUCCCGAAUGUCGGGUUACUGUUUGGUAACCCGUCAAAUGGAUUCGUCAAACUCGAAUAUCAAUCCCGAAGAUCGGGUUACUAUUAAGUAACCCGAACGUCACAACUCGAGAGGGUUGGUAUGCCUCAUCCAAGAUAAAUAUAAACAAACCAGGUCGAUCUGCGUGCCAAAAUUGAAGUAGAAACAUGAGUUGUGGAGAUAAAAGUUCAUCUUCAAGGAAAAGGGCAGAUUUCACAGCCAAUUAUGCCAGCGUCUGCACCAGCAGGAACACUUAGAUCAACCGAUCCAACAUCAGGAUCACCCGUGCCACCAACAGCAGCAUCAACAUCCAGUCACAGGGGGAAGAGAAGGAAGCAGGUGAACAAGAGGAAUGAAUGCUUCAUUGCCAUUAUUAAGGACAGUACACAAGAACCGAAUGGUGCUAUAUUGGAGGCUUUAAAGGCCUUCACUAGUAUGUACAGUACAUUAUCAGCCCAGUCUGUGCGUAAUGUAUUUAGAGCAAGCAUUAGAGUUGUUGACCAGUGGCAUAUGUCAAGAGUGCAGCCAUAAUUCCACCUCUGGCUGUGGGCAAUCAAGUUAAAUUGUGGAGACUUUGCCAUCAGUGUCAUAAUUGAUAAUGUAUAAACUGUGAUUUUUUUCUAUCUCUCUCUCUCUCUGUUUAAAAUUUUUUCUUAGGUACUUAAUGGAGAAUAUGAAAUAUUUUUUGUUUCAACACUCAUGUUUUUUUUGUUUUUUUCUUUUGUGAAAACAAAUAGAUUCUUUCAACUUAAUUUGUGAUACAAUGUCAGAUACAAUUAACAGUACUGUGAUACUGUGUAUUGUACACUCAUACUUAUUGGAGAAAUUUAAUUGUCUUUUUUUUUUAUCUCUGUUUACUGGGUUUUUUUUGCACAGUGGAAAUGAGAAAUCAUAUUUUAUAUGAUCAAAUAUUUGUUAUGAUUUUUUAUUAUUUUACUUCUUGUGAAACCAAAAUAGAUUCAACAUAGUUUUUGCGAGAAUUUCAUAUACUGUGAUACUGUGUAUUAUACAUUGGUCCCUCGUUUAACGAACACAAUUCGUUCCAGAAGGUCGUUCGUUAACCGAAACCAUUGUUUCAAUGGGAUUUUGGGUAAUUGGUUCCAGCUCACUGAAAAUUACAUACAAACUAAAAAUAA